GCAGCUCCGACGGGCUCUGCACCCGCCUGGGCAAACCCUGCCGGACGCAGAAGCCGCAGAAGCCGUGGUGGCAGGACGAGUGGGAGGUGCCCAGGGAGUCCCUGAAGCUGGUGGAGAAGCUGGGAGCGGGGCAGUUUGGAGAAGUCUGGAUGGGCUUCUACAACGGGCACACGAAGGUGGCUGUGAAGAGCCUGAAGGCGGGCAGCAUGUCCCCCAGCGCCUUCCUGGCCGAGGCCAACCUCAUGAAGAACCUGCAGCACCCGCGGCUGGUGCGGCUCUACGCCGUGGUCACCAAGGAGCCCAUCUACAUCAUCACCGAGUACAUGGAGAAGGGCAGCCUCGUGGACUUCCUCAAGACCUCAGAAGGAAUCAAGCUCGGCAUCAACAAGCUCCUGGACAUGGCUGCGCAGAUCUCCGAAGGCAUGGCCUUCAUCGAGGCCAAGAACUACAUCCACCGCGACCUGAGGGCCGCCAACAUCCUCGUCUCGGAGGCGCUGUGCUGCAAAAUCGCCGAUUUUGGGCUGGCCCGGCUCAUCGAGGACAACGAGUACACGGCUCGAGAGGGGGCUAAAUUCCCCAUCAAGUGGACGGCGCCGGAGGCCAUUAAUUACGGCACGUUCACCAUCAAGUCGGACGUGUGGUCCUUCGGGAUCCUGCUCACCGAGAUCGUCACCCACGGCCGGAUCCCGUAUCCAGGGAUGACCAACCCCGAGGUGAUCCAGAACCUGGAGCGGGGGUACCGGAUGCCGCAGCCGGACAACUGCCCGGCCGAGCUGUACGAGCUGAUGAGGCAAUGCUGGAAGGAGAACCCCGAGGAGCGCCCCACCUUCGAGUACAUGAAGAGCGUGCUCGAGGACUUCUUCACCGCCACCGAGGGCCAGUACCAGCAGGAGCCCUGAGGGGCUACCAGACCUCACCCCCCCCUGCCCAGAGGGUGCUGGGGGUGCUCCCCUGCACCGACCACUCCCCCCACAAGACUCCAUGAGCAUCACGGUGUUGGUGGACUCUCCCCUGGAUCUCGGCAGUAAAGAUUUGGAGCGCUCCAGACUUUGGGAGCUGCAGGUUUUGCCCCCCUCGGGAGGGGAUGGAUGCUCAGGGUGGACCCCCAGCGGCGGGGGGCUGGCAUGGGGGGCUCAGUGGGUGCCCACCACGUUGCUCCAGGGUGGAAAUCCAGCCUCCAGCUGCACAUGGAGCUGCCAAGGGGUCCUGGCAGCCCCUCUACCCGCUCUGGCUGUGCCUCCUCCACCCUCCCUGAGUGAGGGCAGGAACCCCCCCAACAGU